GAAGGCUGUCUUCUCUCGCGCUCUCCCUCCCUCCUUCCCCGUGCGUCCCUGGGACACCUUUCCAUCCUGUCACUCCCUCAAACAAACACACAUCCAUGCCAGCCUCCUGCCGUCCACCCUGGCUUGCUCCUGCUGGGUCUAACCUGCAUUCUCUGGACUUGAACCGCCGACAGAACAGGAUACCGAACAGGAUACAGAACAGAUUACAGAACUGCCGACAGAACAGAUUACAGGACAGAGCGCCGAACAGACUGCAGAAGAGACUCCAGAACGGACUACGGAACAGAAUUCAAGCAGACUCGUGGAACGCAUCCAGAAGAACGUCUUCCUGGACGACCAAAACAACACGUGUGACAGGAACCUCGGGGCCCUCUGAGCAGCCUCUCAUCUGGGGAAGCUCCUCGCCCCCUGAGAGGACGAGCCAUCGCUCCUGGAGCACAGGCUAUCCGGGCGGGGUUGGCUGUCUGGGUAAACAUUCAGAGACUUAGCUUUGAUCCGUGUUGGAGUUGAGAAGGAAGGAAGUUGAGAAUCCCUUCCCAACUGAGACCUCCAACGUGAACCUCAACACCUGAGGAACUUUCACACCCAGGAGGACCAACAGGUGACCCCUGGUCUCCUUCCUCAUCUCCAGACCAAUCCCAUGGUGAGGGCUAUGAUUGGCUGAGCAAGCUUGCGUGACACACAGAGCCGUCUCCAUGGCGUGGACAGAACCGGGAAUGGGACGGGAGCCCCUCCUAUUGGGUCUCCUGGUUCUCCUCUACAUCCCCAGGCCCAGCCUCGGCGGCCCCUCCCAGCCUGCCCUCGCCCCUCUCUUCCCCGGCAAGCCCUUCAUGGUGUUCUGGGGGUUUCCAGACACGGCCUGCUCCGCCUCCGGCCGGCCGGACCCAGGGGCCUAUGGCAUGGAGCGCGAGGGCCGGGUGACGGUGUUCUACGAGGAUUCUCUGGGCCACUACCCCUACUACACGGACCAGGGCCAGCCUGUCAACGGGGGAUUGCCUCAGCACACCCGGCUGGACAACCACCUCCAGAAGACGGGGGAGGACUUGGCGGUCUUGCUGCCCCAGGCGGGGUACCAGGGGCUGGGGGUGCUGCGCUGGGAGGAGUGGGCCCCCCAGUGGAGCAGGAACCAGGAGAAGCAGGGCCUGUACCUGGAGGAGUCCAGAGCUCUUCUCAGGGCUUUCUUUCCCGACUGGAGCCCCGAGGAGGUGGAGAAGUGGUCCCAGGUGGACUUCGAGGCGGCUGCUCAGUCCAUUCUGACUGAGACGCUAUGGGAGGUCCGCAGGCUCCGCCCCAAGGCUCUGUGGGGCGUGUCCCCGUACCCCGACUGUUACAACUCCGGCCCCAGCCAGUCUCUCUCCAACUACACCGGACGCUGCCCGGCAGCGGAGAUGGCCCUUAACGACGAAAUGCUGUGGCUAUGGAAACGCUGCUCUGCCCUCUACCCCUCCCUCACCCUGGAGAAGCUGACCCCUAACCCCCAGGCCAGGCUGUACGUGUCCAAUCAGAUCCGAGAGGCGAUGAGAGUGGCGUCUUUGGCCGGGACCGCCUACGACAUCCCUGUGUUCCCAUUGGUCCAAGGUGUCUACUCUUCGACCAAUACUUACCUAUCUGAGGCUGACUUGGUCAACACGAUCGGAGAGAGUGUUGCUAUGGGGACAGCCGGGGCCAUCAUGUGGGACAAAACACCCAUCAAGACCCAGAGAGUAUGCUCGGAGCUGGCAGCGUACGUGCGCGACGUCCUGGGGCCGUACGCCGUCAACAUCACCACCGCCGCCCGCCUCUGCUCCGUCUCCCUGUGCCAGGGGCGCGGCCGCUGCGUCCGGAGGAACGCCGAGAGCUCGGCCUACCUCCACCUGCCCCGGCCUGACUUCCUGCUGGGGCUGGAGAAAGCGCAGGGCGUGGCGGCCACAGGCCAGCUGAGCCCAGCCGGCCUGGACAGGUGGAGGAGGGACUUCAGGUGCCAGUGGUACGAGGCCCUGGAGGGGGCCGCUGCCGACGAGCAGUCCCCCAAGGACGGGGCAGCGCUGGGGGGGCCGAGCCAGGGACAGAGAGUCCCACCGCCCUCGCCGAAGCCUCUGACGGAGCCGAGCGGGGGCGUCUCCCCUGGAGCCUCGGUGCCGACGCCCUCGGACCACAGUGCGCCGCCCCUCUCUGCCGCCAUCUUGCCUGCGUUGCUUCUUGCCUCAGCUCUCUGCCUCGUCCAACCUUGAACAACCCUGGAGAGGGGGAACUUGUUUCGCCUACUGGGGUUGCCCAGGCAGCUUAAGAUGUUCAGCAGAAACUCCAUGGUUUGGGACAUCGGAGAAGACCCUGCUGAACUCUCAGGACUGAGGUCAAGGGUCAGGCUGCAUGAUUGUAUUCCAACACUGUUGCACCCGGUGUUUAAACAAGUGUGUCUGAUAGAAACUCUGGAGAGAUUAAAGGUGAUUUCACAAAAAGAGUUCAAUAGAAAUGUGGACCGUUGACCAAGACUCAGGUGUUGGGGAAAAAAACAAGAAAACAACCGAACAGAGCUAUUGCACAGCAACACACCAGCUAUCCAACCACAACCCCUCACCACAUUACUUCAUCAAGAACAUAUUCAUGUAAUAGGUGCAGUGCUGUAGAGUCGUGGAUCUGUAUUUCACCACAACGACGUGACCAGUAUGUGUUUUCUAUGUGCAUUUUCACCUUUAUCCUUAUUGUAUAGUGAAAUACUAUAUGAGCUCCUUUAUAACUUGCUACCUGUUAUCUUCUUCAUGUAUUAAAUACUGGCUGUAUGAGACUCAUCUCCAUCCAGUGUUCAGGCCUCUCUCUCCUGGUCCUUCUGAUCCAGGAUUAGGGGUGAUCUCAGAAUGUCAGGGUCAACUAGGACCAGGUUUGCUUUUCACUCAUACAUGAACAUAAGAUAUAACCAUAUAGCCUAUAAAAAAAAUAGCAAAGCUCCUGAGUAAAUAGUGACCGUAUUGUGACCGUGGGUCUGAUCGUGUUGUGACCGAGACCUCCUGAGUGGAUAACCAAAGCCAUCAGACAUCUCAUGUAAAUUUAUUGUGUUAUUUUUCUUAAAAUAUACACUCAUGACAAAGGGUAGUAGCUCAAUCAUCUUGGCUGAGUUUCCGUUACAGAAAGAGAUCGUAUGUACACACAGGUGCUUCUGACCGAUUCAUUCAUAUUCUCUGUACAAACAGGAGCAUGUAGCGAAGAUGACCUCUCCGGCACGCCCCCCACCCCCCACGGAAAAAAACAUCACUUUGGGCAAAAGUUACAACCCCGUACAGUAGUACCAUCGUACAACUAGUGCUAGUACUACAAUAGUACCGGUCCACCAACCAGUGACAUGACUAAGGGUACCACAGAGAGAGGAGGGGGGGGGGGGGGUAGAGAUGGAUACACAGAGGGGGCCCUCAUGUGGGCAGCAGUGGUUAGUGCAAUCUGAGCCAGGUAGGCUGGACGGAGCCGAGCAGGUACUUCAUCAUCAUCAUCUUCAUCAGCAUACAUCAGUGCCCCGCUGAACUGUCAAUCACUAUGACCAUCCCGAGCAGACGUGGAAUUCACACAGGAGGAGGCAGCAUAUCAUCCGAUUAGUAGCCGUUAUUCCAGGCGGGGGGCGGGGUCAAAGUGUCUCCAGUGUUUCAGGGUUCAGGGGGGGGGAGGGAAAGCUGACGGUGUCUGGGAAGGGGCGGGGUUACUUGCAGAUUGCUUCCAGAGCAUCCAGGGUGCGUUUGACAUCUCGUAUCUGGGCCGCCAGGGUGUGUAUGGGCUGCAUGGAGCGGUCCAGCUCCUCGCAGCGAGCCAUCAGUGUGUACAUUCCCUUCACACACACACGCACAGAUGCACAGGCAUGUUAAAACUGAUAUUAACACAUGG